UCCCACCACGCCUUCUCCUCGCGGCUCGGUUCCUCCGCUUUCUCUUUUCUUCGCCUCGAAGGUAAGAAAUAAAUAAAACAAAAAAUCAUCUCUAUCCCCUCUUAAAAAUCUCUACUCAAAACGAAAACCAAACAAAAAAAAAAAAGGAAAAUCCCUAAACGAUGCAGGAACCAGAGCUUCACGAUUUAUCAGACGAUGCCGAUUACGCCGCGUCUCAACAACAGUUUUUUUUCUUUUUUUGGGGGUGUAGGGAUCAGCUAGUAUGAUGCGGUGCGACAGUGGGAAAAGAAGCUCGUCGAGUGAACCGGAGGGAGCCGAAAUUGUUUAUCUGAAAGAUAAUGUUACAAUUCAUCCUACUCAGUUUGCCUCUGAGCGGAUUAGUGGCAGAUUAAAGUUAAUUAAGCAAGGCUCUUCUCUCUUCAUGACGUGGAUUCCAUACAAAGGUCAAACUACAAAUGCGAGGCUGUCUGAGAAAGAUAGGAAACUUUAUACCAUCAGGCCAGUGUCGUUUGCUGAUGUGAGGUCCAUCCGAAGACACACUCCAGCUCUUGGGUGGCAGUACAUGAUUGUUGUUUUGUCAUCUGGACUUGCAUUUCCUCCUCUAUACUUCUAUAACGGAGGAGUUCGAGAGUUCCUUGCUACAGUAAAACAACACGUUUUUCUUGUGAGGUCAGCGGAAGAUGCCAAUGUAUUUCUUGUGAACGACUUCGAAAAUCCUCUGCAGAGAACUUUGUCUUCAUUGGAGCUUCCCAGGGCAGUUUCCAUUGCAAGUGUGCCAUCAACACCGGUUUCAGUUAGGGGGUCUGCUUCACGUGAAAAUGAAGAGAGGACUGAUGUAGGUGUCCAUGAUGAAAAUUCUAGUACAUCUCGGUACAAUGGAAGGCAGAGGCAAAAGGUUCAUGAUCCUGCUCGAGACUUAUCAAUUCAUGUUUUGGAGAAGUUUUCUCUUGUAACCAAGUUUGCCCGAGAAACAACAUCGCAGCUAUUCCGGGAGACACAUAGUAAUGGUUUUGAUGCUUUUGAGAGGAGAAACACUAACCAGUCUGUCCUUGAUUAUAAUCAUAAAGUUGACGAAGAUGAGGAAGUUCCUCUUAAAAGCCCUGUUGCUCCAGAUCCUCUUGAGCUGGAAAGAUUUCAAGUUCUAUACCAGGACCACCUGAUGCCAACCUCUACCAUUGUUAAACAGAAAGCCCCAUAUAGGAAACACAAUCAUGAUGAUGAAGCUGCCACCAAUGUGGGGACAUUUGAGCUAAUCGAUAUUAAGGAGUUUGACAAACUAUCACUAGUGUGGGGAAAGCCCCGACAGCCACCAUUGGGGUUGGAAGAGUGGGCCACAUUCUUGGAUUCAGAAGGACGUGUGGUGGAUUCAAAAGCUUUAAAGAAAAGAAUAUUUUAUGGAGGAAUUGAACACAAAUUACGAAGAGAGGUUUGGGCAAUAUUGUUGGGAUAUCAUACAUACGAAUCAACCUAUGCGGAGAGGGAAUAUCUAAGGUCUAUCAAAAAGACAGAAUAUGAGACUAUAAAAAACCAGUGGCAGAGUAUUUCUCCUGAACAGGCAAAAAGAUUUACGAAGUUCAGAGAGAGGAAAGGCCUUAUAGAUAAAGAUGUGGUAAGGACUGACAGAUCGCUCUCUUUCUAUGAGGGGGAUGACAAUCCAAAUGUGAAUCUUUUACGUGAUAUUCUGUUGACCUACUCUUUCUACAACUUUGAUCUUGGUUACUGUCAGGGUAUGAGUGAUCUUCUCUCCCCUAUUUUGUUUGUAAUGGAGGAGGAGUCAGAAUCAUUUUGGUGUUUUGUGGCACUGAUGGAACGACUUGGGCCCAAUUUUAAUCGUGACCAAAAUGGCAUGCACACUCAGCUCUUUGCAUUAUCUAAGCUGGUGGAGUUGCUAGACAUCCCAUUGCAUAACUAUUUCAAGCAGAAUGAUUGCUUGAAUUAUUUCUUCUGUUUCCGCUGGAUUUUGAUACAGUUUAAAAGGUUAGGCUCUUGGAAUUACUUGUUCAUUCAUUUCCCUCUAUGCCAACAUUUAUUUAGGGUGCAUGUUCCCAUAAUUAUGUAAUGCACAUAUGUUCCUGCUGUUGCAUUCUUUAUUUUCAAUGCAACAUAUCAAAAUGCUGCAUCUAAAGUAGAGUAGUAUGUGGUAUAACUCUUACAAUCUGCUCCAAGGGAGAGGACAGUGAGAGGAUGAAGAUAAAGGCUUUGUAAGGAGGGUGUAAAAGGAAUUGAAAGUGUUAGAUGGUUGCUAUUUUUUUUAUCCCAAGCCUGUCGAUUUUAAUUUACCUAAUUUG